UCAAGAGUUAACGUUCAUCCCUUUUAGAUUCAUAAAAUAUAAAGCUCAAUAUUGCUCAUAUAGUGUAUAUUUGAAUAUGUAAAAUGUAGACCACAAUAAAUGGACGCCUAAUUUAGAUAAAUUUCAUACAUUAUGAUGGAUGAAAACUUGAAAGGAAGGUCAUUUCCAGCCUAUGAUAAUUGCUAAGAGACUAAGUCAAUUUACACAAACACAACAAUUCAUUAACCCAUACCAUUGUCAUAAAUUUUUGUUAGGUGAAUACUUCUAUACUAAUCGUAAGAUAAUUGUCUUAGUUGCAUGUAUUUUUGUUAAGGGUCAAAUAUAACUACGUGUUGGUUGUUAUGUUUUAUUCAUUAUAUAAAUUGCGAAUUGUUUCAUUAACCGGAAAAUUUUCAUCGUCAAUGAUAAUGUGAUUUUAUAUUGGUUAAUCUGGUUAACCAAUUAGCCAAACCGAUUAAACUUUAGUUUGGUUAAUUUGGUUGUUGUAUUAGUUUGGACGGUUUGGUUAUGAUAUUGUAUUCCACGGUUAAUGGAAUUUAGCAUUAUUUGGUUUGGUUAUAACCAUGGUAACCAUUUGAACACCCCUACUUAUUUCCAGCUUCUUUAACUAACUAACUAAUUCCGUAAAAAAAAAGCUUAUUUAACUAAACAAUGGAAAUCUGACUAAUAAUUAUGCAUGGGUAAGUUCACUAUAACUUUUAGGGUAUGCCUACUAUGACAUGCAUGUCACCGUGACAUGGACUUUUCGGUCGACCUAAUCCUAAAGGCGGUCGACCGAAUUGACUAAUUUGGACAACACGAGAAAGCAUUGCGGUCGACCUCAAAGACCACCUGGUCGACCGUUCUUAGCUUAAGUUGUUAUUUUUGGUUGACCAGAAUAAACCUCGGUCGACCAUUUCAUUGGCGUCAGAAACAACAUGGUCGACCGUAAAGGUAUAUAGGUCGACCACUUGAUGGCAGUCAUUAACAACAUGGUCGACCAGAUAAAGAAAGAGGUCGACCAGAUAGACGAUAAGUGUUCUAUCAAUUUAUCCAAUCAUUUGACGUAAAAUGAAGAUCAAGUGUUGGUGUCGAGGUCGACCUAAUCCGGUACGAGGUUGAUCGAAUACAAGAAAGUCAACCUAUACCCCGUGUCUUUUUUGCUUAUGUAUGUCGAUUUUUGUGGUUCUUUUGCUCGUAUAAAUUACGCUUUAAACCAUCAUAACUAGUCAUAAAUAAUGAUAACAAGGACUCAUCAAUUAUGUUAUGAAUUGAGGUCGACCGCCUUUUGGAUUAGGUCGACCGCAAUGCUUUCACGUGCUGCAUAAAUUAGUCAAUUCGGUCGACCACCUUUAGAAUUAGGUCGACCGAAAAGUCCAUGUCACCGUAGCAAAAUCCUAACUUUUAUCAAAUGGGUAUAAUAGAUACUUGCAAAGUGCCAAUAUUGUUAAAGUCGGACCGAAUGCUGAAUCGGAAAAGUUAGUGCUUUAUACUUUAACGAUUAAUUAUUAUGCAGGGUACAAGAAAACCAAUAUUGUUAAAGUCAGACCGAAUGCUGAAUUGGAAAAGUUAGUGCUUUAUACUUUAACGAUUAUUGUUAUAGAACCGUUAGUUAAUCGUUAAUAGAAUCGUUCAUGUGCUAUAAUAUAAAAUACAUAUAUAAUACUCUAAGUUAUGAGUGAAUUUAUCUCUACCCAUAAAAGAUUUCAAAUUCAUAUCAUCUAUCACCAAAAAGUUCUCACAAAGCAUUCAAACUAUCUCACAAAAGUAAUCAUAAUUUUUUUAAUUAAAUUCAAGUCAAUAAUAAGAGUGACAAUCCAUAGUGAACCUGAUAAAUCCGAUGAGUAGGCUGACAAAUGAAAAAAAUGAAACAUAAACAGUUCACGUUAAGAUACUUUUUUCCUUAAUUUUUUGUGGUUAAAAUAGUAAAUCAGUGGAUCAGUUAAACCGGAGUGGUUCAUCUGGUUUCAUGUCAAACCCUCAAAAACCAUUAGGUUCAUCUGGUUGUCCCUCGAAUAUCCUUCGUAAAUAUAAAAAGAACAAGUGUAUCAUAAAAACUAGAAAGGAGGAGGCAAUUUGCAAGUGGAAUCAACUAAUAAUCGCAGAGUUUCAACUUUCAACACAUGUGAUAUCUAGGUCAUAAAGAAUGGAUGUGCUUACUAAGUAUGAGUCAACCUCCAUAGUAAUGGAUUUAGACAAUUCUUACUCAAUUGACUCAAAAUAAAAAAUAAAAAAAAUAGUACAAUAACGCUUUUAUAUAUAAUCAUUCAAUCAAUAAAUAUUUGUUUGUUAAAGAAAAUAAUAAUAUAGGGACUACAGUGUUAUUGACCUUAUAAGUAACACUUUCCUUUACUCACCCUGAAGUUUAGUGACGAUUUAGAUACCCCACAAAACUUUUGCGGUCCCUCGACGUUGCGAUGGCGGAUUGGUCCCUCUCCCUCCACCUUCCGGUUGAGGAAGGCCAAGGAGAUUUGUGAAAUAAGUGUUUCCCGUUCGGGAUUUGAAAGCGAUUUAUGUGGUUAAGAACUUAAGAGUUAAGAUCGUUACUUUCUGUUCUACUGCCUUAUUAAUUAACAAACAAUGAGGUUUUAUUUGAUCAUUAAUUUAAUGCUGCUGCCUGCUGUUGUUCUCUUAAUGGAAAUUCUCAUUUCUCUCGACAGCAACUAUAUCCUUGUCUCAUAUUCUGGUUCGGUGGCGGUGGCCGGUGGGCCUGGGAUUUUGAGCAAUGCUGUCAAAGCCGAGCCGUAGUAUGAUCCGGUAACGUGAACGGUUCGGUCAUUAAUGGUUCAGCCGGCAUUAGACCGUUUAAAAACCAUUUGAGAACCGAUACAUUAUAAACAAUAUAAUAUCAUAGUGUGUUUAAAGUAAUAAUUCAAUGAUUUAAUGAGUAAAAAUGAUAAUUAAAGGUACCAUUUAAUAAUUCUACACAACAUAUAUAUACAACAACUAAAAAAAAACCCUAACCUAAUCCUAAGCGACAACCCCGCUUCCCCACCCAUCACUCUCCUUGCUUCCGCUUCCCCAUCCCCCCUCCCUCUCUCCUUCCUCCUCUCCCACCGCCGCACCUAUUUUCAUUUUUCAGCCACUAUAGCCUUCUGCAAUUCCUCAAAAAUCCAUCACCUCAUCCUUUCUUAACCCGUAAAUGCUCUUCCUCGUCCCAAUCCGCGAAAUGGCUCGGAUUCAAUCCAAGCCUCUGGUGAGACAGGGCAGCUUAGCGAGGAGCUGCUUGCGACGGUGGCGACGAGAUGGAAGCGCCGGGAGCGGGAAGCUGCUUGCUACGACAAGGACUGGCGAUGGCGAUGCGAUGGCGACUGGGGAUGGCGAUGCCGUCGGGAAGCGCCGAUGCCGGGACAAGAGGCGUUGACGGCCGAUUCCACGAUUGGCCUUUUCUAUUUUUUUUUAGGGUAAAUCAAACGGCCGAACCGCGCGAUCGGCUCGAGCGGUUAACAACUUCGGCCGCUCGCCGGCCGCUGUAUAAAACCGUGGCGGUUAAAUAGCUGAUCCGAGCCGGUUUUACGGCCGGGUGGCGUCUUUGGCGGUCCGGCCGGCCGGCUCGAUUCGGCUUUGACAGCACUGAUUUUGAGCUAUUCGUGGUUCAAGUAAUUUCAGGAGGAUUAUUAUAGAAAUAUGACUGAUUCAUUUGACUUUUGAGGACCACUUUAACCAAAGGACAUAAUCAAUUGUUAAACCACAGUUAGUUAUAUGUACAUUUGGGCUACUCAGUUUGGCCCAAUUCGCUGUGGGUUUGAGUAUAGAUACCUUCUCGAAAAGCCCAGCUCCAGCCCAGUUAAGGAAUGUGGGCUACGGCUAUGUCUAUGGGAGAGAGACGGUAUACUUCACAUCCUUGGAAUUUAGGGUAAAUGGCUAAUUUGGUCACUAAGUUAAUUAUUUUAUUUCACAUAUUUUGGAUUUUUUUAUAUAUAUUUUUAAUUUUAAUUUAAUUAUAUGUAAAAUUUAGGAAUGUUUUCUGUUUCUUUGUGAUGACUUGACAGUGACAUGACUUGUUCUUGUUGAUCGUUAGUCGACGGUGUUGAUUGUCUAGUAUAAGUGUAUAAUGAUCAAGUCUUGGUUUAGACUAAAUAGUUCAGAUUAGAAUAGGCAUUUCUAAGAGAUUGGUCAGGAUAUAGGGAUGGCAACAAAACCCGAAACCACGGGUACCCACCCGACCCAAACCGGUCAACGCGGGUAAAACCGCGUUGACAGGUUUUGGGCCGGGUUCGGGUUUAAACCCGCUACACUAUUCACCGGGUCGGGUUGGGUUUGGGUUUAGGUAAACCCGCCCCAUGGGUACCCGCUCACUACACAUAUAAUUACUUUCCCGGUAUAUUUAAUAUUCUAAAUAAUAUAUCUUCCUUAAACAACUAAUAUUCUUUAUGUUUGUGGAGACAUGUAUAAUUUGUUUUUUCUAAUUAUUUAAAAUGAAGUUGAUAUUAUGAAGUGAAGAAUGAAGAAACUUAGUUGACGAGGAAGAAGCUUUCAAUUAAUCUUAUUGUUUAUAGAUGUUUAUCUUUAAUUUUGAACAAUUUGUAUUGAUAAUUUGCGGUUUGCUUGUAUGCUCUAGAUUGGCGUUUUUUGUAUGAUUAAUUUGUAUGAGAAAAUUGAUGUUAAACUUUUAUUUUGAAAGAAACUUGUUAUUGUAAAUUUUUUACUAGAAAAACCCACGGGUACCCAUGAACCCGCGGAUACCCAGCAGGUUGGGUUGGGUUUGAGUUUUUCAAACCCAACGGGUUUUACCCCAGAGAUUUUUGGCGGAUAAACCCAUGGGUUUGGAUUUGACAAAACCCGCCCCCACCCGACCCAUUGCCUUCCCUAUCAGGAUAGCCAUUUAGAAUAAAGUUCGAGUCAUUUU